UUAAUAUUUGAAUGGUUUCGUUUCAGGGAUUGUGCCAAAGGGGACGAAAUGAUAAAACUGCUGAAUCAGCUGCACGCACCAAGCAGCGGCACUGAGCCGGCUACUAAUUACUGCAUGUCUGAGCCAUUUUGCCUUUGUCCGAUCAAAUUGAAUGCUGAACAGUGCCAGACGCUCAGGGAUUUCUGCGUCAAAUUCGAUCUCAAAUGUGUGGAAUCGUUAAGGUUCGAAGUUACCCAUGCGAUCGUCGCCACACAAGAUAAUAAUGUGUGCAAAACAGAUGUAAAUAUUUUCAAGUGUCUUGCUAACGGAACGGCUGUGAUAAGUUUCAAUUGGAUUCAGCAUAGUCUGAAAUUGACCGCUAUGUCUAAACCAGAUGUUUGGGAAGUUCGUGGAACUGAAGAGUUUCCCGGCAGUGAAGCUUUCAUGAAAAGUAGAAUCAUUUCUCAGAAACUGCUGCCGAAGCUGCUGAACGGUCUUCACGUGUCGCUGUCUCCCAACUGGAGUGGCGGGUGGCGCGACCUGAGCAAGAACGACGUCAUGGACCUGGUGAAGGAGGCGGGUGCUGUCCUGCUGAAGCGCGAGGCGGACCCCCACACCACCCCGGAGGACGAGAAGACCGUCAUGUUUCACGCCAACUGCGACGGACCGAUGGGCAUCUGCUCGCAUGUCGCGCUCUAUGUUCCCGGACACAAGGAGCCUGAGCUCAAGUACAACAUGACGCAUCACAAGACCCUCUCCGUCAAAUGGCUCACCGACUGCCUGCAGACUUUCUCUAUUGUUGAUCCGUUGUAAGUCACUUCAAACACAACGAUUUUUCAUACACCUUUAUGGCAGUUCUCAAACUUUUUAUGCAUCAUUAUUAUUGUUUAAUGUAUUAUUUUAAUUGACUAUUUUGAAGAUGUUCAAAUGGGUAUAUAAUUGCCUGUAUAUGAUCCUUUAUAAAUCACUGCAGAAACAACAUUUUCCAUAUAGCUUUAUAGCAGUUCUCAAACUGUUCAUGUAUCAUUCUUAUUGUUUAAUGUAUCAUUUUGAGUGUUAUUCUACUCAAGUAUUUUGAAGCUGUUUAAAUGGAUAUAUGAUUGCCUAUAUAUUAUCCGGUGUAAGUUACAGCAAAGACAAAUAACGAUUUUCCAUACACCUUUAUGGCAGUUCUCAAACUGUCCAUGUAUCCUUCUUAUUUACCACUGUAUCGUUUUUUAUUAUUCUACUCAAGUAUUUUGAACUUGUUUAAAUGGAUGUAUGAUUGCCUAUAUAUAAUCCGGUGUUGUAAGUUACAGCAAAGACAAAUAACGAUUUUCCAUACACCUUUAUGGCAGUUCUCAAACUGUUCAUGUAUUCUUCUUAUUUACCACUGUAUCGUUUUUUAUUAUUCUACUCAAGUAUUUUGAACUUGUUUAAAUGGAUGUAUGAUUGCCUAUAUAUUAUCCGGUGUAAGUUACAGCAAAGACAAAUAACGAUUUUCCAUACACCUUUAUGGCAGUUCUCAAACUGUUCAUAUAUCCUUCUUAUUUCCACUUUAUUAUUUUUGUAUUAUUCUACUUUUGUAUUCUAUUCUCGAUUUUUCAUACACCUUUAAGGCAGUUCUUUAACUGUUCAUGUAUCAUUUUUAUUGUUUAAUGUAUCAUUUUGAGUGUUAUUCUACUCAAGUAUUUUGAAGCUGUUUAAAUGGGUAUUUUAUUGCCUGUAUAUUAUUAUCCGUUUUAAGUCACUGCAAAAACAAAAUACAACUAUUCUUCAUAGGCAGUUCUCAAACUGUUCAUUUAUCCUUCUUAUUGCCACUUUAUCAUUUUUGUAUUAUUCUACUCAAGUAGUUUGAAACUGUUCAAAUGGAUAUAUGAGUUGUCGUAAGUCAUUGCAAAAACAUAAUAUCAACAACUUUCCAUA